AUGAAUGCCGGAGGGUCCCCGCACAAUGGAACCGGUGGAAAUAGUACCACUGGCAGUCCGCUGCCCAAGCCAAGCUCUGCGGUCAACUUUGGCCCAGAGCUGCUGGCUGCCGUUUGGACAAUGACUGCAUUGUCCAUUGUAAUCGUGGCCAUGCGCUCGUUCGGCAAUGCCAAGUUUGGCAACUUUCAGAUCAGUGAUAUAAUCACUUUGUUGGCACUGGCCCUGCUUGUGAUUGCCGCAGCCCUCUCAAGUGUCGCGGUAGACUAUGGGUACGGAAAGACAGCCAGCUCGCUCGAGCUGCACCACGCGAUGAGCUCCCUGAAGUAUUCCACUAUAAGUCAGGCCGUGGUAACGUUGGCUGCCACUGCCGGUCGUUUGGCAUUUAUCAUUUAUCUCAUCGAGCUGCUGGCAGCGCGAAAACUACAUCGCAUAAUUUUAUGGACCCUAGUGCCCUUGCAGGUGGUUGUCAAUGUCAUCAGUGUUUUCUUGUUGUUUUUUCAAUGUUCGACACAUGUGGAAGAAUUGUUCAACCCGAGUCAAGCCACUUAUUGCAUGUCGCUGAAGGUUCAAAUUGAUUAUGCUUAUUUUCAGGGUGCCUUCAACUCCGCCUGUGAUCUCCUGCUCGCUGCUUUCCCCAUCUAUAUCUUCUGGCGAUUCAAUUGGAACGUCAGGGUCAAACUUGUCCUCGUCUCUCUCCUGAGUUUAGGAGUAGUAGCCAUGGCCGCUUCCCUGGUCAAAACCAUCGAAUACCCAACCAUCAUGACUUCUACCAACCCACGCACCAACCACGUCACCCUUCUACGGUGGAUGUUCGUCGAAGCGGGCGUCGUGCUCAUCACCGCAUCAAUCCCUUGUCUCCGGCCGCUCAUUGUCCACUGGAUCAAGAAAUUCAUCAAAAGAGCACCCACUCUCCACAGGAAAAUGGACAACGGCGAGGGUACGCAGAGCACGACGCUUAAUGUCAGUCAAAUGACGCAGGACUGGAAGAAACGAUGGAUCAUGCCAUAUAUGCAGCAGACUGAGUCCGGGGAGAAUUUGGAGCAACAUAUCCUGGCUAAUAUCUCCACGCAUAUAUUUGCCGGGGACCGGGAGUUUCUCGAUCGACAUGUGCCUGGGAUUGUGAAGAAGGUGGAGGUUACUGUGGUAGCGGAUGAGAUUCCAUUGACGGAGGUUGAACAUACCUGA